CCGCGCUCACCACUAAGAAAAGGAAGGGGCCGGGUCCUGCGCGCAGCAUUUUGGGAACGCGUGGUAUUCUGGGAGCGCGAGACCCGCCAUUCGCUUGGCUCACGCCUUUGCAGUCGCUGGAGUUGCCGCUGCACCGGAAAGGGAGAGUAGGCCGGAGCCAGUGAGAACUCUUUUCCUGCCAAGAUGUCUAUUGGUGUGCCGAUUAAAGUCCUACAUGAGGCUGAGGGUCACAUCGUGACAUGUGAGACAAACACUGGUGAGGUGUAUCGUGGGAAACUCAUUGAGGCGGAGGACAACAUGAACUGCCAGAUGUCCAACAUCACAGUCACAUACAGAGAUGGCCGAGUGGCACAGCUGGAACAGGUGUACAUCCGUGGCAGCAAGAUCCGUUUUCUCAUUUUGCCUGACAUGCUGAAAAAUGCGCCCAUGUUAAAGAGCAUGAAAAAUAAAAACCAAGGCUCAGGGGCUGGCCGGGGAAAAGCUGCUAUUCUGAAGGCCCAAGUGGCUGCAAGAGGAAGAGGACGUGGAAUGGGGCGUGGAAACAUCUUCCAGAAGAGAAGAUAAAUUUAUCUGUUGAACAGAACUUUGCCGUUAUUUUUUCUUUUAGGUUAUCUGUGUUCAGGGGGGGGUGUGCUUAUGUAUAUGUUCUGGCUUUUCUUUUGACAUCUUUCUCUUUAGAUCAGGGGAAAUGUUAAACUAAAUAAAUAUGGUGGUCCUUUU